GCUCUUUCAGAACUCCCCCAAACAUUUGUGGCUCUGCUUUCGCAGAAAACCCAAUUCAUCAUCUCCUAAACAGAUAUGGGAAAAUUAGAUGCAGUCGACGAGAAUCAAGAUCUCGAGCUCCUCAAAGCAGUCGCUCAGGCCUGGCACGCCCACGCCGGCGACGCCAAUCCCACCAACGAAUUCGACGCUCGCCGCGCAGCCUGCCCUCAUAUCCGCCGCCCCUCCCGCUUCAAACUCGAGGCAGCUGCCGCCGCCGCGAGAGAAGUCUCUUCAUGGGAUUUCAGCCGUUCACUUUGGGAUUCUUAUGAGCUCAUCACCAUUGCCAAGCAGCUCGAAGCCUGCAACCUCGGCUUGGAUCAGCCGAUGCCGUCACCGCCAGUCAGCGCCGGUGGGCAGCUGCCGGGGAAGCGGCGACGGGAGAGCAAGAAUAGCUUAAGGAGUUUGUUUAGCAAGACAAGUUCUAGGAGAUUUGAUGAGAGAGAUAUUCCAGGUAAUCAGUGAGAGUAGCAGUAAAUUUCCUAUUAGAAAUUGAAUUACUGUAUUUUUUUAGUCUGAACUAUCUCAAGAUUUUGAAGGAUUGUAAUUAGGGGAAGAUCUCCAAUUCAAAAUAUUUUGAUUGGAAGUCAAAGAUGAGCUCCAUAAGAAUGAAAAAUGGGCAUAGUCAAUUAUUUCAUCUC